AUAGAGUAAAAACACUGGGCAGGGUGCUGGACUUAACUUUUUCCUGCGGAUAAAAAAAAAAUAAGUUGACAGGAUUAGAUACGAAGGUUCCACCAUGGCGAGCGAUAACAGGAAGAGACCGUCGCUCAAAGAAGACCUGACCUGUUCCAUUUGCUACGAGCUCUUCACCGACCCCGUCAUGCUGGCCUGCAUGCAUCACUUCUGCAGGGCUUGCAUCUCCACAUACUGGAGGGGUCUCCGGGGUUUUGUAUCUUGCCCACAGUGCAGGCGGGAAUUCCCCAACCGGCAGCUCCUGACCAACUUUCUUGUGUCGGGCAUGGUGGACAAGGUGAGGGCAAACUCCAGCGAAGGCUACCAGAAGGAUUUGCAGAAUCAGCUGAAAGACUCCCUAGAGUCUUACCAUGCAAAGAGGGAGGAGUACCUGAACAUGAUCCGCCAGGACAAGGAGAAGGUGGACACCAUAAAGAGGGUGGGUGUGGAGCUGCAGGCCCGGGUGCAGGGGGAGUUCCAGGCUCUGCGGGACCUCCUGCAGCAGGAGGAGGGGGAGGUGCUGGAGGAGUUGAGGCGGGAGCAGGCGGAGGUGCUGGAGCAGGCGGAGCAGAGGCUGGAGCAGCUGCGGACGGCCGUGCAGGAGGCCGAGGAGAGCGUGCGCGUGCUGCAGCAGGCUGCUGACGCCAUGGAGACCAGCGUGUUGGUGGAGCUUCCGGAGGUGAAUAUGAGACCAUCUCUGCAGGUGGAGAAGGAAGCUGAGUUUGACGUGAAAGCUUUCACCGCUCGAUACUCUGGCCCCCUGCAGUACAUCACCUGGAGGAGGAUGUUCAAGCUGCUUAAACCAGCUCCCGCUCCGCUGACCUUCGACCCGGAAACGGCGCAUCCGAGCCUGUGCCUCUCGCGGGACAAGACCAGCGUGGUGGAGUGCCAGGAGAUGCUCCCGUACAAACGCAACCCCAAACGCUUCACUCAGUGCGUCAACGUGCUGGCCGCCCAGUGCUUCCUGUCCGGCAGGCACUACUGGGAGGUGGGUGUGGGCGGGAGCACCAAGUGGGACCUGGGCGUGGCCAUGGAGGUGGUGGAUCGGCGAGCGCGGGCCAAGCUGAGCCCCGAGAACGGGUACUGGACCCUGCGUCUGCGCGAGGGCGGGCGAUACUCGGCCGGGACCCAGCCCUGGACCCCUCUGCAGGUGGACGCCCCGCCCCGCUUCGUGGGCGUGUUUCUGGACUGCGAGGAGCGCGUGGUGUCCUUCUACAACGCCGAGAGCAUGCGGCUCAUCUACGCCUUCAACCACGGCCCCCGGGGUCGGGUCUACCCCUUCUUCAGCACCUGCGUGAGCGAGCGUGGCCAGAAGCCUCAGCCAAUCAAGCUGCUCCACUUCCCCCAAGACCCUCUCUGAGCACCUCCCACUGGCCAAAUCAAUCACCAUAUUAUAGACUACUGUCUAACCCCCGACAGGCACUCCUCUGUAUUACACAGAGCUUGUGUGAGCCCCCUACAGGCACUUCUCUGUAUUACACAGAACUUGUGUGAGCCCCCUACAGGCACUUCUCUGUAUUGCACAGAGCUUGUGUGAGCCCCCUACUGGCACUUCUCUGAAUUACACAGAGCUUAUGUGAGCCCCCUACAGGCACUUCUCUGUAUUGCACAGAGCUUGUGUCAGCCCACUACAGGCACUUCUCUGUAUGACACAGAGCUUCUGUGAGCCCCCCUACUGCUGUAUUGGUGUUUCCCUGUAUUACACAGAGCUCAUGUGAGCUCCUACUGGUGUUUCCCUGUAUUACACAGAGCUUCUGUGAGCCCCCUACUGGUGUUUCCCUGUAUUACACAGCACCUAUGAGCCCCCUACUGGUGUUUCCCUAUAUUAUAUAGCACUGCUGUCAGUGUCAGCUGUCAGUAUAUCUGUAUAACACUAGCUGGGAGCCCGCCUUAGCGUCUGUUUUCUGCUGUCGAUGGAGGGUUUUCUCUCAGUCUCGUUCUUUUCCUCUCUACUGCUUAACUGUGGUAAUUAGCCAAGUUUCUAUGCCAGCGUGCCUCUCAAUCCACCUUAUGGCCACAUUUUUAUUCAUUUACAGCGACAGGCACAGUUAUAGUCCCUGCCAAAUGCUUCCUUUCUUUGUUGAAAAUAUUGUAAUAUGCCAAAAUGAAGUAAAUGAUUGUUUCAAUUAGCAAACUUAAUGUGAACGAUGUCAGCGCAGUGCACGUGUGCAGUGCACGUCUCCUAAGAUCCAAAGAGCUGAGCUGGAGUCGGCCCAGUGAUUCUCCACCUCAGCCUCCCCCCUCCACGUGCCCAUGUCAGGCAUGUGGUGGUGUGGGUGCACGUGGGAGUUGCAGUCUUUUUCCAUUACUGUGAAUCCAUCAUAUAGUGUGUAAUGUUACAUGAAGGGUAAAGGGGAAGCGGGUGGGGUAGAUGGCUGAAGUAUGUUAGCCUCGUAAAUCUGCGGUAGAUACCUGAAGUAUGUUGGUAUCGUAAAUCGCAGUACGGGCGAUUGAGAGGAUUAUUCUCCUCACCGUAAAGCACCCUGAGUGCCUUAGGAGGGGCCGUGAAUUUACAGGUCUGACUUAGAGGUUAUGGUUUAUAGACUACCGCUCUGUUUUAAGACAUUUACUAUGCAUGUGUGUGUAAUGUACUCUUUUCAUUGUGAAAAUAGUUUCAAACUGGAAAAAUGUUCCAUCUUAUUCUCUUUAGUACAGUGGCAGCACAUACGCACACUGUUGUGUCUGACUGUUUAUUCACAGUGAGGUGCUUGUUUGAGUCAUGCUGGUCAGGACUACAGAUUUUCCUGCUGAAACAGCUUGACUCAGACUGCGGCUGUUCUUUAGUAUAAACGCUUUUCCCUCUUCCAACUCCCAGGUGAACUGCUGAACCAUUUAUGCUCAUGCAAGACAUAAAUUUUUUAAAUGUCUUCUGUAAUACAAUGGAAUGAAUUUCUCUGUAACUACUUUGAUUUUCUUUUAAUUCCGAUCCCAUUUUAACUAUUUCUUGAAAAUGAAUCAAUAUGUAAAUGCUACUCAGUACAACCACGUGAUUGAUUAGAAAAUAUGGUGUACUUUUACCUUCAGAAAAUAAACUGAAACAAAACCGC